CAAAUUAAAACACUCCCUUUAUACUAAUUUUUAUAUCCUCUCGAUCAUAUACAAAAAUGAAUAGAAAAUACUCGGAUCGUCGAUCAUAUUCAUGGUCUGGACAAGCAAGACCAUACAUAUGCGAAUUUUGCGAGAGGGGUUUCUCCAACGCACAAGCUUUAGGAGGGCACAUGAAUAUCCACAGGAAAGACAGGGCAAAGCUGCGACAAGCGAAUCUAAAAGAAGAUGACCGUGAAGACUCCACAUGCACCACUUCGAGAAAUCGGUUCGAGCAAGACCUGACUGAACUGCCUUUCUUCGUUGAUUCCACGGUCGGUUCAUCAACAAAACAAGACAAAAAUACAAGUGGAGACUAUUUGGGAGGUGAAGAGAAGAAAAUGAUGAAACUUCAAAAUGCUUUGUCCCACAGUGCAGAAGUGAUAGAUCUUGAGCUUCGUCUAGGACUAGAUCCUUAUAAGAAAUCACCAAGUACGUAAUAAUGUGAAUAGUAUAAUCACCAAGUAAA